AUGGCAACUCCGUUACCCCCAGCUGUCCCAGGGAGGAGAGCUGGACGGCCGACUCCUCGUAUAGUCCUGCCUCCCAAUUCCGCUGCAGUAUCAAUCGCGUCCCUCAAUGGAAUAGACCCUGAAGACUCUCCUUCCGGUCAGGUCGUCUCCAAAAUGGACGAAUUGACUAUCGACAAACUACCAAAGGGAGAGGGCGAAUGGGGAAAAGAUAUCAAGCUGGACGACUUACUCAUACUAGAUGAACUGGGCGCUGGAAACGGGGGCACGGUAAACAAGGUCUUGCAUCGCCCAACAAAUACUAUUAUGGCACGAAAGAUCAUACACGUCGAAGCCAAGCAAUCAGUCAGGAAACAAAUAUUACGUGAAUUGCAAAUCAUGCACAAAUGCAACUCCCCAUACAUAGUUAAAUUCUAUGGUGCCUUCCUGAAUGAAGGUGAUAUCUCAAUUUGCAUGGAGUACAUGGACUGUGGCUCCCUAGAUCAUCUAUACAAACACGUCGGGCCAAUACCGGAAAAUGUUGUUGGAAAAAUCACUUAUGCCGUCUUGCAAGGAUUGGUUUACCUGUAUGAUACUCAUCGAAUCAUUCAUCGAGAUGUGAAGCCAAGUAAUAUUUUGGUUGACAGCACUGGAAACAUCAAGAUUGCUGAUUUCGGUGUCAGUGGACAACUAAUCAACUCUGUCGCUCACACUUUUGUUGGCACUUCGGCAUACAUGUCGCCUGAGAGAAUACAAGGUGGAAAGUACUCGGUACCGUCAGAUAUUUGGAGUUUAGGAAUCACCAUCAUGGAGCUGGCUCUUGGCAGAUUCCCAUUCCCUGCGGACGAAAAGCCUUUGACUGUUUUCGAGUUAUUGGAAUACAUUGUACAUGAAGAAGCCCCUACGUUACCAAAAGGAAAGUUUUCAGAUGAUUUGGAAAAGUUUGUGGCGAAAUGUCUAAUAAAAGAUCAUGGUAAAAGGCCAAGCCCUUCGGAUUUGCUGAAUGAUCCAUUUGUGUCCAAGGCAUCCCAGUCAACUGUCGACCUGAAGGCUUGGGCUGUAUCUACACUGAAAGUUUCUUCAUAG